UUCGCUAGGAAUCAUAUCCCAUGAGGCCAUGACCCAUCGGCAUUAUAAUGUGUACGAAUAAAUUUCGAUAAGAAGAAGUAAAAAUAAUCAAGCAAAGCUGUGUUUCUCACACAGAGCUCAAGGAUCUUCUCGCAAUGGGUUCUCUUGACUUGCCUUCCGCUUCAUCCUUCAAGGGUGGAAGUGAAACAUUUCUCCAGGAUGUGUUGGAAAGUAUACUGAAAACGUAUUUGAGGAAGAACCCGAUAGCAAAGACGAUAUGGGAACUAGUAAAAUCGGUGGACAACGAAAAGAUUUCUUACGACCACUUCUUUUUCAGGACAUUUAAGGUCGAUGGUUAUGGAAUAGAUUCCUUGUCGAGUUUUUUCAUGGAUUAUGGAUAUAAAGUUGGAGGCAGACUUGAUUUUCCAAAGAAAAAAGUACAUGUUCUCUGGCUUUCUCCUCCGGAUGUUAACGUCGUCGAUAAUGGUUACGGUAUAGGCAAUGGUCCUCUGCCACGACUUGUUAUAGCUGAGCUGCUCGUGGAUGAACUAAGCCGUGAAUCGCAGGUCUAAAUGAUCUCAAACAUAUAUUGUAUAACGUUGUUAUAUCACUAUAAAUUAAUAUCACUAUAAAUUAACAAAAUAUUUUGGUCCCAACAUUAUUAAUUUA